AACCAAGAUGGUGACAACUAGAAACCAAGAUGGUGACGACUAGAAACCAAGAUGGUGACAACUAGAAACCAAGAUGGUGACGACUAGAAACCAAGAUGGUGACGACUAGAAACCAAGAUGGUGACGACUAGAAACCAAGAUGGUGACGACUAGAAACCAAGAUGGUGACGACUAGAAACCAAGAUGGUCACGACUAGAAACCAAGAUGGUGACGACUAGAAACAAGAUGGUGACAACUAGAAACCAAGAUGGUGACGACUAGAAACAAGAUGGUGACAACUAGAAACCAAGAUGGUGACGACUAGAAACCAAGAUGAUAAAGACCGGAUGACGAGGAGGAAGAGCUACGUGGACACCAUCUCUCUGCAGGUGGACAUCAUCUCCAACAUCCUGCCUGACAAGUCCCAGCUGGCCGAGGAGAUCACGUUCGAGACGCUGAAGAAAGCCAUCGACACGACGGGGGUGGAGGAGCAGGAGCGGGAGAAGAGGCGUCAGCUGAUGGAAAAGUUCCAGAAAGCUCCGUUUGAAGAGAUCGCCGCUCACUGCGAGUCCAAGGCGAACUUGUUGCACGACCGUCUGGCUCAGAUCUUUGAACUCACCAUCAGGUCAGCCAUCUUUUUGUUUACCUUUGUUACCAUGCAUAGCCACGUCGUUUACUAG